AUGAGUAGCUCAUCGAUACCCCAACAGGACAUACCGAUUACGCUAGGAAUACACCUCGGCUCUUGGCGCGCCUCUGAAGAGGACGAGAAGUAUUUGAUAUUUGGUCAUCUUAACGAAAAAGGGGAACUUCUCACUCUCAGUCGCGCGCUUAGUUCUGGCUGCCAUGAAAGGGUUGAACUAGAUCAUGUCACUCUUGAACCACAUCUAGCUUCUUUGAAACAUGACCCCGGAGCAAUCAUGGAGUACUGCCGCAUCUGCCUAGAGAAUCUCAAGGAAGAGCCACCGAUUAGCAAAUGCAAGGCUGUUUUCGAUGCUAAAAAGGCUAUGGAAGCGAAGAGGUUGAAGGAGUUGGAGCAUCGAAAGGAUAUCGAUCAAGUAUCUGCUCAACUAGGCUGGGUUGAUGAUAUCAAGAAGAAGAUAUCAGAAUCUCAGCAGAAAGUGAAGGAGUGA